AUGUCUAGUCAAAGCGGCCUCAGCAGCUGCUGCAUCUCCGGUUCGGUCCACAGUGGCAACCCAAGCGGGCGCGAAGACACCAUUGGCGGGAUCGCGACCUACAUUGCCGAGCCCUCGGACAAAUCGACUGCGAAAACCGUGGUGUUCUUGGUCGAUAUCUUUGGGUGGAAGUUUAAGAACGUUAGGCUCUUAGCGGACAACUAUGCCAAAGCCGGCUUCUACUGCUACAUUCCUGACGUCCACGAGGGCGAUUCUCUACCGAUUGAGUUUCUCCAGAGCGUCGAGCCUCCCUUGAAGGCAAAAGAGCAGGAGGGCAUUGUCAAUAAGGCGAAAGAAACAGUUGAUGUCAUGGCGACGCUUGGUCCUUGGCUGGCAAAACAUCGCGAAGGUAUUGCCGAGCCGAUUAUCAGUGGGUUCAUCAAUACUGUCAAGAAUAUCCCUGGCACGAACAAGGUCGGUGCCAUCGGAUUCUGCUGGGGUGGGCGAUACGCCAUACUGCAAACCCACGAGCGAAAGGAAGGACAAGUCGGUGGCGUCGAUGCCGCUUACGCGUGCCAUCCGUCGUUACUCGCCAUCCCUGGUGACAUCUCGCCUGUCGCAAGACCCACAAGUCUCGCUGUUGGAGAGAAGGAUAGUAUGCUGGACUUGAAGUCUGUUGAGCAAAUUCGAGAAGCUCUGAACAAGACCGGUGUCCCCUCAGAAGUGAAGAUCUAUGAUGAUCAGGUGCACGGUUUCGCGCUCAGGAGCGAUUGGAGUAGUGAUGAGGACAAGAAGGCCAUGGAUGCUGCUGAGAAGCAGGGUGUUGAGUGGUUCAAGAAAUAUUUGUCUUAA